AUGUGGUUUACCUCUUGGCUCUGGCCCCAGGCCAUCACUACUCCCCCUUCCGCCCAGCCCUCCCACGACACUGUCAUGGAGGAGCCCAUCCCCGCCACGAACUACACCGCCGUCUACGACCACGGCCACGCUCUCAACGUCCUCACUGCCGCCAUUGACAGCCUUUCUCUCGACUCCGAAUCUUGCUCUCUUGCCACUCUCUACAGCUCCUCCAUCCAGAAUGUCAACUUUGAUGAGAAGCCCGCCGACGAGUCGUCAGCCAUGGAUAUCGACGACGACUUCCCCGCGCCUCUUGACUGGGCGGCCUUUGUUACUUCUGCCUCCGGCCGCGUUGCGGCUUUUGAUGCUCCCAUCCACCACCCCAAGGCCAUCAACCCCUUCACUGCCAUCACCAACCCAUCCCUCAUCUCCGAGUCUCCCGUCUGGCCCUCCACUAUGGAUGCCGUUGACGAGCUCGCCGGUCCUCUCCUUGCCCACGAGUGGAUACCAGCCUACGAGAACUCCCUCCUACUCCACUUCAUGGACUCCACCGAGUCCGUCCAGACUGCUCCAGCCACGGCCAAGUUCACCGCUGGGUCGUCCAAUCUUGGAGCACACAGUACCCUUUCUCCUCGCCCCCCCGUCUCUCACACUUCGUCUCUGCUGGUUGCCAAGCCCAACGCUGAGCUUGUCGAUCAUGUCUUCCCGCCUUCCCCCAUCCAGCCCACUUGCCUCUCGUCCUCUUCCGCUUCUUCGUCCUCUUCCUCUUCUCCGUCCUCUUCCUCUUCUUCGUCCUCUUCCUCUCCUUCCUCUUUUUCUACCUCUUCCUCCUCUCUUCUUCUCCCGGUCCUCGAGCCCAGCUCGGACCGCGUUGAGCUUGGCUCCGUCUCGCUGGCCGAGACAGAGCCUACGGCCAUGACCGAGCACGCCUCCUCCAUCACCAGCAUCGCUACGGUCGGAUCCUCGGCUAUCACCACCACUGCUACCCAGCACGGCUCCGCCGAGGUCCUCAAGCUCAUUCCCUCGACUCAGGUUGUUGACGGCAUCCCCGCCAACGCACCUGUUUCGACGACGACUUGUACCAGGGCUAUCACCACCACUGCUACCCAGCACGGCUCCGCCAAGGUCAAGUCCACCCCCCGCCCCGCCCCCAAGGCUCAACCUCCCAAGGCUACUGCCGGCGAUGUGUUCCUCCGCAAGUCCACUCGCAACCACCCCAAGCCUGCGGUCAAGCCUCGUCCGGCUCCAUCGACCACCAAGGACCUUCGAGCUGGUAUCUUCGCCAACGCGCGUGGCAUCGACAUGCCUGCGCCCGUCUCCAAGCCCCAGUCUCUUGAGGCUCCUUCCAUUUCGCCAACUCUUGCUCCUGCUCCUGCUCCCGCGCCUUCUCCUACACCUAUUGCUGCGCCUGCUGUCACUCCCUCUCCCUCUCUCGCUCCUGCUCUUGCGGCCGCUCUUACUCCUCGUGCCCCGACAACUGGCACUAGUUCGCCGUCGCCCUCGUUGGCCAACCAUGCCAUCACCGAGGCCAUUGGCAGCAUUGCUCCCACUUCUCUCUCUCGCGUCAUCGCCCGUCUUCCUGCGUCACGCCCUUCAACCACCUCCAUGCCUGCCGGCACUGUCACUUCCGAGGUCAGCACCAUGACCGAGGAGAUUGCUAUGGUCGAGAACACUCCCAUUGCUGCUCCCUCGGCUCAAUACACUGCCUCCUCGGAGGAAUCAACAAUGGCCGAGGAUGAAGCCUCACGCCAGGCUCUCCGCAAGCGCAGGUGCAGCGACCUCGACGAUGAAGGUCCAGCCUCGUCUAAGCGCAAGAUGCUCCACACGCUUCAGCGUGAUGCGGUCGCCACCGAGGUUGCCGUUCCCACUCUCUCGCCCAGUCACGCAGCCAAGGGCACCAAGUUCGCUUCUCUCAAGAAGCUCCCUCCAACUCCCCCCCGCCGCAAGACCAAGGCUCCCUCGAGGGCCACCUCGACGAGCACUUGGGACUCUUUCAAGAAGGCACACGUUCGUGCGUCUACUGAAAGCUCCCGUCGCCACUCCACGGCCAAGGGCAUGCUCCACAUCCCUCUCUCGCCCACACCUUUGUCUUCGCCAACGUCCACUCUUUGCGGCGACCUCUUCGUGGAAGAUGCUCUCGACCCCGACGUGAUGACGGGCUACCCAACGGACGUGGACUCGUCGGGUUCGCUCUACCUCGGCUCCGACUCGCAAGAGUCUGACUCCGACCUUCCGUCAACCCCGCUCGCGAGCUCCGAAGAGAGGCUUGUCGGCAACGAGGUCAUGAUGCGUGACGACGAGGUCGAGGAGGUCACCGAGAGCACGAGCCUGGACGAGCUUCCAGAGCAGCCCAAGGCCAUCCCCGCCCUCGCCCCCGCCAAGGUCCAUGUCUCUGGCCACCGCGUUCUCAAGCCGACCAAGUCGAUUCUCGUGAACGCGGGGUCAACGGCUUCGUCGACCGCGCCAAAGGGCAAGCUGCAUGACAUCAAGCCUUAUGCGCGUCCCGACAAGGUCAAGAAGGCCUCCUCCAAGCCUGACGGGCUCGCCUCGCUGGCCAGCGACUUCAACUCGGCCCUCAACGAGAUCCUCGCCCCAGCUGUCCCCACGUUCCUCGCUGUUCCCGCACCCGUCAUUGACCGGUCUCGCGACCCUCGUCUCCGCGCCCGCGCGCUCCGAGAGGCCAAGGCCGCAGAGGAUGCCAAGCUGGUGUCCCUCUGA